UACGGCGCACUGUCUGACUUCAGUCUACGUCCGACUGUCGCGCGCGUUGCGUUGCGAGAUCGGAAUCUUGCCGCGGGAUAUCGAAACGAGAACGUAAGAGACGAUCGGGAACGACGGCGAUAUAUAUGUACGUGACACAACCGGCCGACGCGAAUCGCGGUCUUAUCUUUAUCAAACGGACAUCUUGCAAGAAUGUGAGAAAUUAGAUUAGAUUAAGGCAAGAAUUGGCGUUUCUCCUCGUCGGAUUUAAGAGGGUACGGGAUCGAUGCGAAGGCCGUCUAGCAUGAAAAUCGAAAGCGAACAUAGAGAAUAAUCUCGAGGAGCAGGCGCGAUCGAUGAAAAUUCAUAUCACAAAAAAACAACGCGAAGUGAUCGACGAGAAAGCGAUAUAUCGAAAAUAAAAAUAAUUAAAGAGAGUAUACGAAUAAACGGAUAGCGAAGAAUACACGCGAGGCGCGAAUAUAGGCGCGAGUUGACAACGUCGAGAUAAAAGCUUCGUGUCCCGAUUUGUUCAACAGUCCUGCUAAAGGAGUCCGAUGACAAGCGGCACACAAUUCUGCCCGAGAGGCUAAUAUGCAAUUAAUUAGCCGGCGGAGCACGGGGAUGUUUAUGAAAGAGCGGGAGAAGGAACAUAGAGUGCAAGAAACUAGUAGUAGACUGGCCAACUUGCAGCGGCAACUUCACGCUCUUGCGACAGGUGCGAGUUAUUACGGCGCGGCCGCCUCUUCUACCUCGCGCGGUGAUAAUAACGUGCACGAUUGUCAUUAUCCCGACCAAGUGCGCGCCCGACGUGUCGUCGUCUAACGUAAAAGACAUUUACCUGCGUACUAAUCCAAGUAUACUGUUCGCGAACUCACGAACUCCGAGGCCUGAAAAUAGAAAGAAGAAAGACCGAGGUGAAGUACACGCUUUUCUUUUCUCAAUCGACACCCGAACUGUUAUCUCUCUCGUCGUCGUUUAUUAUUUCGUUUCCUGUGCAUCGAAGACUCACGAAGCAAACGACGAGAGGCAUCUCAAAAGUUAUACGAACAGCGCGACAAGAGAGUCUGCUCUUGUUUCCCCCGACGGGAAAGAUUGUAUCGGAAAAUCGAAUCGGCGCGCGUGCGCGCGCGCGGUGUUUGUGUGUGUGCAUGGGUGGUGCGUGCGCUCGCGUGCGAGAGAGCUUGUGUCGGUGAGAGCGGGUCAGUGAACGAUUGCGCGCCGCCGCCGUCGCGGGAGCAACGAGAGAAGGAAGGGUAUCUCUCUUUCUUUCUCCCUUUUCCUCUCUCGGCUCCGACGCACGUAUAUGCACGUGCGAAAGCGAGGAGAAACGCGCGCGUGCGCCCCGUCCCGUGUGUACUCGGCGCCCUAACGCGCGCGCACAUACACACACACGCACGUGUGUACACACCCAUACGCCGGACGUCGCGUAUGCGCGCUCGCGCGCAAUAUAUAGAACCUUACAGGUGCGCGAGUAUGCGCGGACACGCGCGCGCGCGAUAGAGACGACAGCGCGUAGCCGAAGAGGAGCAGCAGCGGCAUAAGAAGGAGGAGGAGGAGGAGUUGGAGAAAAGGAGGAGUAGGAGGUGAAGGCAGAGGUGGAGGUAGAGGAAAAAGAAGAGAAGAAGCCAGUGACACCGGGAGGGUCGGUUGUUCCUGGUGUGUAAAGCGGCCACACCGGGGGAUACACCUAUAUAUCUGUGUGUACGUGCGCGCGCGAGGAACCGCGUGUGUCGAGGAGAUCCGCGGAUAUAAGCGAAGACGGUGCGCGCGCGAGGUUCUCCCUCCCUCUCGCUCUCUCUCUGUCUCUCUGUCUCUCUUUUGCGAACAGGGGAAAGAAAAAAAAAAAGGGAAAACAAAAGUUCGGGCGAAAAGAAAUGCGGGUUCGUUGACUGCGCGCCGCCGUCGCGCGAUGGCCGCAUGCUCGUGCCCGGUGCUGCUGGUGUAUAGUGUGCGCGUGACAGGAGCGACGACGACGACGACGACGAUAAGGGCGCGACCGGCGGUGUUCGUGACGACGACGACGACGACGACGACGACCUCGACGACAGAGAAGAUGCCGGCUGCUGCGCGCUGGUCGCACGACGAUAGUCAAGUCGAGAAGAAGUGAAUCUCUAUCUCUCAGCCUUCACUCGGGGUAUUCAAAGGCUCGCAUCACCACCGGCAUCGGCGACUGGCAACUGAGGGGAGCAACGGCCGCCGGUAAAUCCGUCGACGAGAUUUACGAGAAAAAAGCGUCCAUUUAUUACUUCGAUCGCAUGAAAGGAAGAAAGAUAGCGAAUUGAAAAAUUUCUUGAUUUGUGUGCGAAACUUUGCGAUCCAUAUCCUUUCGCGUGUAUUCGUUCGAGCAUUCGUUCUUUCAAAAAGUUUGACAUCGAGAAACUGUCGCAUUGCUCCUUUAAUGCAUCCACGGAAUCCAACGCGCAAUGUAACACAUUGUACAACGGGCUUAAAGUUCUGAUCUCCAAAGACCAAUCGGUUCUGUCAGAGACAUCUCAAGAGCUUUCUCGAUUCCACCGGGAAAAGGACCCCUCUCAAGAAGACUAUCACAAUUCAACGAGACGAUUACGUGAACGUUCACUGUGUCCAGAAUCCCGCAAUCCAUGCUCCUCGAUCAAACUCAGUCAUCGCGUUUAGAUCGAUUGAGUGCUGGAAGAAACAUCACGAGGAAUUGCACACCCCAUAGCCCUUGUAGACGUUAAGAUCGAGCUGCGAUAACCAGCACAAUCAAGAUUCGAUCACGACCGCUGAAUCAUCCACCUUCAGAGUCUGGAUUCCGUUCGAUAUCUGCGAUUCUUUCCCGACAAGAGAGACUUCGCGAUCGCUCGUUCACGUUCGUGUGAGACCAAUCGUUAUCGGCACGAGUUUCGGUAAAUCGCUCUAUUAUUAUUAUAUACGCGAUAUACUGUCGAGUGCGCGUUCGUGGCGAGUAACAGGCUCGUUUUGAUCGUCGAUGAACGUGAUUCGGUGCCGAGAAAGUGAAGCUUUAAUUAACUCGUGUGUGGCGACCACGUUGUCUACGUGCCACAUUGUCUAGGAGGCGGAUCGCCCAUUUAAGAGACCGAACCGAAGAGGCGGCCAGCUGUUAAUCGGCAGCCACCGCGGUGGACAUGAUUAUUUCAAAGGAUCUCUUCCUCCUUGGCGACCAGGAUUAUCUGCGCCUUCCCGUUAACGAGAAGCGCCAGCAACGGGCAAUGGGCCGGCCGAUCAUCAAUGCUCCCAGAGUGGAAAGCUCAGCGUUGCAGUUGGUGUGCCCGCUGGAUUCUCGUCCGGUGCAGCUAAUCUUCCGAGGAUUGCAGGUGGUCAAGGAGAAGCGAGUGCUCCUUCGAGAUGUUUCGGGAGUCGUCAAGCCAGGCGAAUUAUUGGCCGUUAUGGGCCCUUCAGGCUGUGGUAAAACAACAUUGCUGAACUGUUUGUCCGGCCGUGUUGGCUUGGACGGCGGUGAGAUUUGGCUGAAUCGCGAGAGGCUCACCAAACGAUGGCGCAGAAGAAUCUGUUACGUACAACAGCAGGACGUUUUUUUUCCCGAUCUCACCUUACGACAGACACUCGAGUACCAGGCGAGGCUGAGGCUUCCGGACACGCUCUCAUACUCGCAGAAGAUGCAGUGCGUGGACCAUAUCAUCGAGGUCCUCGACCUCGCGGCCUGCCAAGACACCAUUAUUGGAGAUUAUACGAAGCGGGGACUUUCUGGUGGUGAAAAGAAGAGGACGAGUAUAGCCUGCGAAUUACUCACAAAUCCAUCAUUAAUGCUACUCGAUGAACCCACGAGCGGACUUGACUCGCACUCGGCCCAGGCAUUGAUCUCGCGGUUAAAGAAGUAUGCCGAGCAGGAGGGUAAGAGCAUCGUGGUGACGGUACACCAACCUAGUUCCAGGAUGUUCCACAGUUUCAGUAAGCUUCUUUUACUGAGUCGCGGUCAGGUAGCAUACUAUGGUUCGACGGCGAAUAUCGGCAGAUUCUUCUCUACGAUAGGGCUUACGUUGCUGCCGCAUUACAACCCCGCAGACUUUAUUCUGGAACAAAUAAAGGGGCCGGAGGAAGUUCGAGAGCGCAUCGUUGCCGCGGCGAGAGCUGCAAGACAGGGACCUGACUGCCCACCGGAACUUCGUCCGGAGUAUAAUCCCAGCCAACAUCCGCUCUGCGACCAUCUCAUCCAUUAUCACGAGCACCACAUCAGCCACAACGUGAAGGAAGACGAAGGCCGUACGCUAUGGCUGGAUACACAAAGCCACGCCAGUAGCAGCGCGAGUUCUGCUGAUGACGACUAUUCCUGGCAAUGGCCCACCAGCUUCUGGUCGCAGUUCAAAGUAUUAUCGGAAAGAAAUUUUCAAGAGGCACGACCGCGGAUGUUGUCGCGUUUGAACUGGUUGCAGACGGUAGCCCUAGGAUUAUUAGCCGGGCUUUUGUGGCUGGGGCUCCCCAGAACUGAAGCAGCCCUUCACGAUAUUCAAGGGUGGAUGUUCUUCAGCACCACGUACUGGAUGCUUUUUGCACAUUUUGGAGCACUCUCUAGCUUUCCCCCGGAGCGCGAGGUGAUCAACAAGGAGCGCCUGUCAGGAUCCUAUCGGCUCUCGGCCUAUUACCUAGCGAAGAUGGUCGGCGAGCUGCCGUUGACGGUAACGCUGCCCGCAGUCUACCAUAUAAUUAGUUACCCGAUGUUGGGCUUCCACAAUCUGGCGGUCUUCGUCGCGUUGCUCGGGUACUUGCUGCUCAACACCAUAGUCGCGCAGAGCGUUGGAUUUUUCGUGGGCGCUUGCUGCCUGGAUCUGCAGGUGAGCAUCACCGCGUCCGCGCUUUACACGCUGGCGACGCAACUCCUGGGCGGUUAUUUGGCGACGUCGGUCCCACCGUGGUUAGCAUGGGCCAGAUACGUCAGCAUGGUGCACUACGCCUAUCAGAAUAUGCAAAUUCUGGAGUUCGACUACGGCGCACCGAUCACAUGCUCGCAGCCGAGUAAAUUCGCUGAGUGCAGAAACGGCACGACGAUACCCGUUGACGCGAUUCUGGAGAGUCAAGGCGGGGUCAGGGGCUCCAGUCUACCACUUUGGGCGAACACGGCGGUACUCCUGGCGUUCCUGAUCGUUUUCCGUACCCUGGGCUAUCUCGUCCUGCGUUAUUACCGUGUACCAAAAUGAGCGUGUCGGGAAUAGCACGCAAGUAGCACGAAAAUUCUCCACGCGACUUUCGCGAAUCUUCAGUUUUAUGACUAUAGAAGUAUAUAUAUAGUUAUGUGCCACGUGUCUCGCUUUUAUCGGGAAAAUAAGGGCCGUGCGUCUCCCUACCCUCUUCCUCCUCCUCCCCC